AUGGGAUCGGGCAAAAAGCCAAUCAGUGCUGAUUCUAAGGAGAAGGUGAAGAUCAGCUCAGAUGAAAAGAAAGACAAUGCUGGCUCCAAGGAAGAAGUGAAGAAAAUCAGUUCAGAUGAGAAGGUAAGCAGUGCUGACUCUAAGGAGAAGGUGAAGAUCAGCUCAGAUGAGAAGAAAAACGAUGCUGGCUCUAAGGAAGAAGUGAAGAAAAUCGGUUCAGAUGAGAAGGUAAGCAGUGCUGACUCUAAGGAGAAGGUGAAGAUCAGCUCAGAUGAGAAGAAAAACGAUGCUGGCUCCAAGGAAGAAGGGAAGAAAGUCAGCUCAGAUGAGAAGAUAAACGGUGCUGACUCUAAGGAGAAGGUGAACAAAAUUACUUCAGGGGAAAAAGUGAAAAAAGUUGGGUCAGAUGAGAAGGUGACUGGCGCCGGAUCUCAAGAAAAGUUGAAGAAAGAAGGCUCAAACGAGAAGAUGAACAAUGUAAAUGCGCUGGAAGGCACAAAUCCCAAAGGCUUGGUAAGAACUAAAGCAGGAGAAGGAUCGGGAAGUGAUGAGGAAUCGGAUACGAAAAAACCUGAGGCAAAAAAACCAAAGAAAGGUCGUUGGUUCCACUUCUGGUGA